CGAUGGCUUUGGCCGCAUUAAUGCUUCUCAAUGUGAAAAUGGGACGGUUAUGUGUGAAGACUUGCAGGAUGGAGAUCAUAAAUUUGAGGUUUGCGCCAACGGGACUCAAGGAGUUGGCUGCAGUAGCCAUAACUGGACUAUUGCUUUUGGUCUAUGGUGCUGGCCAAGUUAUACCAACCUCGCUCAAAAUGCUACAGCCAAACCUCCAAUAUUCUGUCCUUGUGGGUUUAUCAUCCACUGCUCAGUCUGGGCGAGUGAUUUUGGUAAUGGAUAAGAAUUUUUGUACUGACAGUGCAGGGAACAAAUUUGAAAGAAACAAGAAUUCUAAUUUCACUCUGCAUUUCGAUAGACGAAGUAUCAACUUAACAACUCACGUUCCUAAAAGGCAACUUCAAUUUAAUGGUGAAACUAUACUGGUGCGAGCAACCAAUAACUAUAAGAAUCUAAGGGUCUGUUUAACCUUUCCAAAACCUGUUAACAACACAUCUGAAGAAAUUAAAAAAUUUCUCAAAGCAGAAGUUUUAUAUUCACUCCAAAAGAGUCAGUGCUCACUUCUUCCUCUGGUUGACACUAAAAAAUAUGAAGGGCCUAGAAGAUUUGAAUAUAAGGUUGCUGCAUAUAUAUUUGACACGACUGUAGUCAAUGUAAGCAUUGAUACAACCUCUAUAAUAAGCAGACAGGGGACUCCAUUUUUUCCAGUUGAACCAUUUACUUUCAUAUAUGAUUCUCUGAGGCCUGCUGUACACUUGAUUGAACUACCUACCGAAUUUCCAAGGCCUGCUGUAAUGUGGCGUACACCAUCCCAUAUUUGGACAAGAGAACGCAACAUCCUUGUGUUGAUAAAAUUCGUGAAGCCUGUAUUUGGCUUUAGCCGUUCUAAUAUAUCAAUCAUAGGAGGGAAAUUACAGAGCUUUGAAGAAAUCUGUAAUGGCAUAUAUACUAUAGUGAUAAAAGCAGACCAAGAUAUUGUAUCUGUCAAUGUUCCCGGAAGCGUAUCUGGGGAUGUUGCUGGAAACAAAAAUCAGCCUUCCAAUGUUCUACAAGUAAUGGACUAUUCUGUGCCGAAAAGAUCAACUACGUUUUUUGGAUCUACAAUUGGUUCAUUUGUAGUGAUAGUUAUUGCUGCCGGGAUACUUAAGGUUUCGAUAGCAAGCUUUCAUUCCAUUGGGGAAUUCUCAAGUCCAUUUCCUUCUUUAUCUCAGCCUGAGAGUAAUCUUUUUGUAUGAUAUCUAUUUCAUUUGAACUGUUAUCUCAUUAAUUGAUUAUUUAGUUGUAGCAUGAUAAUAAUCUAUACAGACGCUUUUACACCGUGUUAGAAACACAAUAGUAAAUAAACUGACAUU